GAAAGAAAGAAAACCUAGAGAGUACAAAAGAAAAAACCGCCAUAAAUCUCUCCUUGAUAGAUUCAUGCAGAUGAAGAUAUCAUCAAUCAAUUAAUAUUAUUGACUCAAUUCAAUUUCAACCUCCAAUCUAAAAUUUUUAUUAAAAAAAUUUCCAUCUUCACAUACUCAAAUUCUUAAUUACGCGUCUUCCAAUUCUCUAAAGCUGUCACACACACUUCCAACAAAAUCCAACACACUUUACUUCUCUUCCUUCAAAACCCCACCAUUAACAUCUUCUUCUUUCUCUCUCCUCCAUCAAAAAAAAUACCCAAAAAUGGGAAGAAGAAGAACAACAACUUUGUUCAUCUUCAUAAUUUUCUCUCUCCUCUUUUUCCUUACUUCUGCAGAUGACAAAUCCGCCAUGGAUGACUUCUUAAAAGCUUUAACAACUCCACCAUCUGGGUGGGAUUCUUCUACAGAUUUCUGCAAAUGGAAAGGUAUAAACUGUAACAGUGACAACAAAGUAACUUCCAUUAAUCUUGCUUCUCAAUCUCUCUCUGGAAAUCUUCCUCCAUCUUUAAAUUCUCUCUCUCAACUUACUACUCUCUCUCUUCAAAACAAUCACUUUUCUGGGAUUUUACCAUCUUUUGCUAAUCUAUCUUUUCUUCAACAAAUUUAUCUUGAUUUCAAUAAUUUUAGUUCAAUUCCAUCUGGGGCUUUUUCUGGGUUAUCUUCACUUCAAACACUUUCUCUCUCCUUUAAUUUCGAUCUUUCUCCUUGGCCUUUUCCUUCUGAAUUAUCUGAUUCUGCAAGUUUGGUUAGUAUUUAUGCUAGUAAUGCUAACAUUGAAGGUGAAAUUCCUGAUUUUUUUGACAAUUUUCCUGGGUUGCAAGAUUUGAGAUUGAGUUAUAAUGGUUUAAAUGGUUCUUUACCAAGGUCUUUUAAUGGGUCUGCUAUUCAGAAAUUGUGGUUAAAUAAUCAAAAAUCUGGUCUUUUUGGUACAAUUGAUGUGGUUUCUGGUAUGACUGCAUUAACUCAGGUAUGGCUUCAUGCUAAUAAAUUUACUGGUGUAAUUCCUGAUUUAUCUGCUUGUACUGAGAUAUUUGAUCUUCAACUUAGAGAUAAUCAGUUUUCUGGGAUUGUUUCACCUUCUAUUGUUUCUUUGCCUAAAUUGUUGAAUGUUACACUUCAGAAUAAUAGGCUUCAAGGGCCUAUGCCUGAUUUUCCUAAGACUGUGUUGAAUGUGAGUUUAGGGAAUGAGAAUACUAAUAGAUUUUGUAGGAAUGUAAGUGGGGAUUGUGAUCCUCAAGUUUCUGUGUUGUUGCAAGUUGCUGGGGCUUUAGGGUAUCCUAUUAAAUUGGCUGAUUCUUGGACUGGUAAUGAUGCUUGUAAUCAGUGGAGUUUUGUGACUUGUGAUUCGAGUCGAAAGGUUGUUACUGUUGCUUUCGCAAAACAAGGGUUUUCGGGUACUAUUUCUCCAGCAUUUGCGAAUUUGACAUCGUUGACGGAUUUGUAUUUGAAUGAUAAUAACUUGACUGGGACUAUCCCUGAGAGCUUGGUUUCGUUGCCUCGGAUUAGGAAGAUUGAUUUGACGAAUAAUGACCUUAGUGGGAAAGUUCCGGUUUUUAAGACGGGGGUGAAUUUGCUCACUGCUGGGAAUAAGAAUAUUGGGAAGGAUGUUCCUUCACCUGGUGGUUCUGGGGACUCUGGGGGAAACUCCACUUCUGGCUCGGGCGGGGGUUCCAAGGGUUCUUCAGUUUCGGCUGGUAUGGUGGUUGGUGUGGUGAUUGCGGUUCUUGUUUUUGUUGUGGUUGUGAUGUUUGUUUUAUACAAGUGUUAUAUGAAGAAGAAGCAUAGGAAGUUUGGGAAGGUUCAGAACCCUGAAGCUGGGAAUGAGAUGGUGAAGACCAACAUAAUGGCAGCGACGAAUGGCUAUGCGGGUGUUCCCAGUGAGCUGCAGAGCCAGAGCAGCGGUGAUCAUGGUGACUUUCCAGUGUUUGAAGGCGGGAAUGUUACUAUCUCAAUCCAAGUCCUUCGGCAGGUGACAAACAAUUUCAGCGAGGAUAACAUAUUGGGACGUGGAGGGUUUGGAGUUGUUUACAAAGGGGAGCUGCAUGAUGGUACUAAGAUUGCUGUUAAGAGGAUGGUAGCUACAGCAAUGGGCACCAAAGGGUUGAAUGAGUUUCAAGCAGAAAUUGCUGUUCUUACUAAAGUUAGGCAUAGGCAUUUGGUUGCCCUUCUUGGUUUCUGUGUCAAUGGCAAUGAGAGGCUUCUGGUAUACGAAUACAUGCCACAAGGGCAUUUAGGGCAACAUCUUUUCGAAUGGCAAGAGCUUGGACAUUCUCCUCUUACGUGGAAGCAAAGAGUCACCAUAGCUUUGGAUGUUGCUAGGGGGGUCGAAUAUCUACACAGCUUAGCGCAAACAAGUUUCAUUCACAGGGAUUUGAAGCCUUCUAACAUCUUGCUGGGAGAUGACAUGAGGGCCAAGGUUGCAGAUUUCGGUUUGGUUAAAAACGCUCCUGAUGGAAAAUAUUCGGUGGAGACCCGAUUGGCUGGAACAUUCGGCUAUCUUGCUCCUGAGUAUGCUGUUACUGGGAGAGUGACAACCAAAAUUGACGUCUAUGCGUUCGGAGUAAUAUUGAUGGAGCUUAUCACUGGUAGAAAAGCCCUUGAUGAGACAAUGCCAGAUGAGAGAUCCCAUUUGGUGACGUGGUUCCGUAGAAUCUUGAUCAACAAGGACAACAUCCGAAAAUCGAUUGACGAUAUCCUCAAUCCCGAUGAUGAAACUUUUGAGAUCAUUGGCAGGGUCGCGGAGCUGGCAGGUCAUUGCACAGCCCGUGAGCCACAUCAGAGACCCGACAUGGGCCAUGCUGUAAACGUGUUGGGCCCACUUGUUGAGCAGUGGAAACCAUCACGGCAAGAAGAUGACGAUCCAGAUGGCAUAGACUUACACAUGAGCCUCCCCCAAGCAUUGCAAAGAUGGCAAGCCAAUGAAGGCACGUCGACAAUGAUCAGUGAUCUCUCCUUCAGCAGGACUCAAGCAAGCAUUCCAUCAAAACCCUCAGGAUUCGCCGACUCUUUUGACUCAAUGGACUGCCGGUGAAUGAUGUCAGAAACAAAAACAGAUUUUCCAUGAGGGAGAUACAUCCUGCUAAACUGUUGGAGGUAACUCCUUCCUUCAACAUACUGACUCAUAAGAUUGCAAGAGUUAGUGAAAUUGUAUUUAUUGGUUUAAUGGAUUUGUUUAUUUAUUUACUGUCUUUCUUAAUUUCUCAAUCUGAUAUUGUGGACUAACCCAAAAAAAUUAGGGUGGUUAGUUGUUUUUUAAUUGAGAAUGGUGGUUGAAGAAUGUAGAACCACACAUGGGUUUGGUAAAGGGGAAUGAUACUAUAUGUUCUAUAUGUAACAUGGGGGCAUGGUCUCAUGGGGAAGGUGUUGGAUGAAUCUGGAAAAAGCAAGUCAGACAGUACAUCCAAGUUUUUUUUUUUUAAAUGUAACAUAUUCUUUGAUUCUUAUUAUUAUUGCAAAUUGAAAGUGCAUAUAUUUUGGUCA